CAAUGUUUACAUUUUACAGCCUGAAAAAUCGGUAAAUUAAGCAAUUUAUUGCUAAACAAGUGCAAUAAACCACUAGACAAGGCCCAAAACCGCACAAAUGUCGCUGCUCGAGCAAUACGAACAGCAGUACGCCGCCCUCAUAGCCGAAAUAACGGCGCAUAUUGGACGUCUGCAGCAGCAAAACAACAACAGUGAACGGCAUGAUCUGUGCGCCAAGAUCGAUGGCAGUCUGCCGGAGGCCCAGGAACUCCUGGAGCAGAUGGGUCUGGAGGUCAGGGAACUCAGUCCCCUCCAGCGCAGCAGCUUCAACGGCAAACUACAGGUGGCCCAGGCGGAAUUGAAGCGCCUGCAGGCGGAGUACCGCCUGACCAAGGAUAAGCAGCGCUCCCAGGCAGCCUUCACCACCCUGGACUUGGGCGACAGCUACGAGGAUGUGUCCAUCAGCACGGAUCAGCGGCAGCGCCUGCUGGACAACUCGGAGCGGAUCGAGCGAACGGGCAAUCGGCUGACCGAGGGCUACCGCGUGGCCGUGGAAACGGAGCAGCUGGGCGCCCAGGUGCUGAAUGACCUCCAUCACCAGAGGGAAACGUUGCAGGGAGCGAGGGCAAGGCUAAGGGAGACCAAUGCCGAGCUGGGAAGAGCUUCCCGUACUCUGAACACCAUGAUGUUGAGAGCCCUGCGCGAAAAGGUGGUCUUGUAUGGCGUAGGAGUCUGCUUUGUGGUCGCCGUGGGCGUCAGUCUGUAUUUAACUUUCGCACCCAGCUCCGCGAGCUCCGUCACCUCGUAGUUUUAGCCAAGAAAAACCAAAAA